AUGGUCUCGCCACAAGCAAAUCAGACUUCACCCGCAGGCCAACAGACUCAACCCGCGAGCGAAAAUCAGCGCGAAAAAGAAGGAGGGCUGGUAUAUGAUGAUUCGAAUACCAGGGAUACCGAGCUCUUUCAACAAAAUGUGUCCCAAGAUUGGGAAUUUGGAAUGCAAGAGAAGCUCAUUGUGACCGUGCUAGUAGUCAUUUCUCUAUUUGUUGCUCUUGAUGCAGCAAUUUUAGCCCCAGUCCUACCAACAAUAGCUAAAGAUCUUCAUGGUUCCGCCAUCGAUGUCUUCUGGGUCGGUACAUCGUACCUCUUGACUUGCGCGGCGUUCCAGCCUUUUAUUGCUGCAACUUCUGAUAUAUUCGGACGCCAAUGGCUGCUCCUGAUAUCUGUCAGCCUUUUCACCCUUGGUACUUUGAUAGCUUGCUUGGCACAAACCAUCCCCCAAAUAUUGGCAGGUCGAGCUAUCCAGGGAAUUGGAGGCGGAGGAGUCAUCUCAUUGGUCUUGAUUAUCAUAACUGAUAUUGUUCCACUUCGACAAAGACCCAAGUAUGGUAGCCUUGUACAAAUUCCUUGGGCUCUGGGCGGUAUCAUCGGUCCAUUGAUUGGGGGUGCCUUUGCUCAACACGUAACAUGGCGCUGGAUCUUUUACAUCAACUUUCCCUUCUGCGCCAUGGGAUUGGUGGCCAUUCCAUUUGUCGUCAAGAUGAAAACUAGGCGGGCUCCACUCCGUACUAAACUCCGCUUGGUGGACUGGGAAGGUGGCUUUCUCUUCGUGGCAAGCAUUACAAGCUUUUUGAUAGGUACGACUUGGGGUGGUGUACAAUUUCCUUGGUCGAGCUAUCAAACGCUGCUUCCGCUGGUGCUUGGAAUAUUCGGCAUAUUAGCCACUCUGGUAUGGGAGCGGUGGGGAGCUCGUCAGGCCUCAAUUAGAUUGAGUCUAUUUGCGAGCAGGUCAGGCUGGGCGGUAUACACAUGCUCUGUUAUACAAGGGCUAAUGCUUUUCUCUCAAUCCUACUACUUAAAUCUGUGGCUUCAAUCCGUCCGUGGUUUUUCUCCAACAAUGAGUGGAGUCGGCCAACUCCCAAUAACAAUCAGUCUGAUUCCGUCGAGCAUCAUCGUGGGUGUGGUAAUGACUCGAACUGGUCACUAUCGCUGGGCAGUAUGGGCCGGCUGGGCGAUGGUCAUACUAAGCAGCGGUCUAACCAUCCAUUUCGACCAUGAAGUAUCCCAAGCAUACUGGAUCAUUAUACUCGUCUUGGUGGGUGUAGGCCAUGGGAUUCUCCUGAACGCUCAAAUAGUAUCAGCGCAAGCCAGCGCAAAAAGUACAGAUGUGGCCUAUGCCGCAGCUAUGUACGCCUUUGCACGUACCUUUGGAAUGGCCAUCGGUGUUGCUAUCGGGGGGACCAUCCUCCAGAAUCAAAUGCAACACGCUUUGGAGUCUUUUGGUCUCCCAACUUCAAUUGCUCAAGAUGCUGCCGGCUUCAUCAGCCAAUUAAACUCCUUGCCAGAUGAUUCGCAAUUCAAGAUGGAGGUGAUCAGCGCCUACUCUCAAGGAUUUCGUACAGUGUUCGAAGUUUUGACUGCGAUUAGCGGAGCGGGUGGACUUAUUAGUCUGGCGAUUGGUAGCUAUUCUCUGGACAGACAGUUGGACUCAGAGCAUGUAUUGAACACUAGUUAA